UGUGGUGUGGAUCUGACACAGAGAAAAAAAAACAGUAAAAAGGUGCUGUUUCCAUGGAAAAAGCCACCUAAAACAAGGUUUCUUACCUCUAGUAGUAAACAGAUCAUUAUCAUUAAGCAGACUGUGAGUAUAACAAAGUUGGUCAAUCUUGUCAUGCGGGCUCCAUCACCGCUGAUUUUUACUCUGACUGGCUUGUUAGCAGACAGUUCCCUCUUUUCUGCCUGUCAAUUAAGGGAAUGUGUGCAAUUAUUUUUUGUAUUAUUUUAUGUUUGUUUCAAGGAAAAAACAGAAAUGAACAGCAUUAUUUUGAAGUAAAUGUGUAGUUACAAGAGAGUCCAGCUUGCUCGUAAGGGAUACUUUGAACCUGGCUCUGGUCCACUGGUUGGUUUUACAGUGCAGCUGCUAUUAAGGUUGUCUCGGCACUGCUUAAUACGGUAUGACCUUGGCAUCCCAUUUAUCAGCAUGCUCAGCUCAUGUACAAAUGGAUCGUGCACAGCAAACUUAUCCAUCAGGAAGAGUACUGCUUCCACUCUCUCCUUUUCAUUGUCGGACAAAGUGUUGAAUUGCACCCGUUAGCAUUGUGUUGUGGUCCGAUUGCCCAAUGGCGAUGUCCCAUUUAAUGAAGUCACUGUGGCCUUGCAAGAUGACAUAUUGGCAGGUGGCACGGCAACUGGGGUUUGUGGUGGUGUAGAAGGGGCAGCACCAGAGGUUCCUGUUGGGGUGGAGUGGGUAGAACCAGGGACUUGUGGUGGGGUAGGUGUCAUAAGACCAGGGGCUUGUGAUGGAGUAGAUGUGGUAGAACAAGGGGCUUGUGAUGUAGUAGAAGGGGUAGAACCAGGAGUUUGUUGUGGUGUGGUGGGAGGAGCA